AUGCCGUCCCAGCUGACCUCUAUGUGGCGUCUUCCUGCCUGCAUCUAUUUUGCAGUCCCGCUUCCAAACGUGACCCACCCACCUAUUCGGCGUUUCAACAUCAUCCAUUCCUCUGGCUCGGGAGAGCCUUACUACGUGUCCUUGGCUUUCUUUCCGAUGAGAAUUUCUGACGAACUUUGGACAAGCGACCCGACGCCACUAGGAGCAGGCUCCAUUGGAUGUGGCACUGAGCCCUCCAUCCUCGUUCCACGAUGGGGCCCGGUUGCCUUUCCAGGGUCUCCCUCAUACACAAACGACGCAAUGGGAGAUCGUAACUCUGAGGCUGGCACGCUGGUUGGUCACCUCGGACACGCAGUCAAGAUGAUAUUCGACGCCCAAGUACUGGUUGGCAAAUCUAUCACUGUAAGCGCUUGGUGGGGUGCAAACAUUCAGACAACCCUCCAUCUCCCUUAUCUACUACCAUUGGGGCUGGCGAGAGAAGAAGUUAAUGCCAUGCAGAACCGCAGGCGGGGACAUAUCCCGCUUCCGGUGUUCAAUAACACCGCAGCUCCGAUUUUCGGAUCAGACGGCCCCCAUCAUCCCGGGUUUGGGAGACCUGCCAAUACGUGUUAUGUAUUUCGUUUCCCUCCUGCCGUGCCCACUAUUGACCAUUCAUUGACCGCCCUGAAAAUCAGUCGUCUCGGUGACUCGCCACUGUGCACAGGGAACCAGGUGGCAGCAACCGCCGACCCAGUCUCUCGAAAAGGAAGAGCGUGGAUGGAGAACGAGGCUCGGGAGUCGGCUGUGGAUUUUCGAAUCAGGCUUGGCAAUGAAAAACUUGUUUUUCCGGGAGACCGUCUCAGACCGUCCGUCGCCUGGAAUGAUGGCUUCCUUGCUGAUCCACCGAUUCCACCUACAACGAUCAGGUGCAAUAAUGUCUGGGCGACGGGCAUCUGCCUCCCACAGGACACAUGUCAACAAGAUCAUAUCAUCGAUCCCAUCAUAAGCAACGUAUACCUUGUCACUGUCAGGGUGUCUGGGAUUUCAAAAACAAACGCUGCUAUCCAGGAUGAUCAAUGGAAAACUUUUGUCCUUGUCCCGUUACUAGCUCACCCUCGUUUCCCUUCUCAAGUCGAUGAUGUUCUCUUCCCUAUCCUGGCUCACUCGGAAUUCAAGAAGCGAGCGCAGCGGCGCAGCACAUAG